GGACUACACGUGGCGGGAGAGCAUCUUGGUCGAGCGGCAAGGACUCAAAAGCCCGAAGAGUGGCUGUGUGCGGGGCGCGGCAUUGCCCUUCGUUGGAGGGCAAGAGGUGGAAGUAGCUCCCGGGAUGAGACUUGCUCUGGCAACUCUAUGCCUGCUUGAUGCACCGUCCUCUGCGCUUUGCCAGUCGUCUCUCAGGAUGCAAGACUCGAGCGCCUGCCUCUGCUCUUCUCUAAGACGCUCAUCGAUUGCAUACACUCCGGCCUCGACUCCAUUCACUCAGCCUAGCGCCAUCGAUAUAGGGCGGCAAAGAGCGGGAUGCCUUGCAACGGCGUGCCGCCUUUCAGCAGUGUUCCCGAAGUCGGUCCUCACGGCAGCCGUGGGCGCUCACCUUGAUGGAAGCAAUCUCGGAUCAGGAAUGCUCGCCGAGGUCACCAUUCCUCGGCACAGCUUCUCCGGAGCUCGCAGAGAGCACGAGUCCAGCCGGUUCCGUCCUCCUCAAGCCAAGCUGCGUUUGAUCACCAUCUUCACAAGCUGUGGCAGCGCUUGCCGACAUCGUCGUCGACCCUGCUCCACUCCCACAUUCGAGCGUAGGUCCGAUACACCAUCACCAAUCGGGCCAGCGCACUAGACGCAUCACAUGGGUCAAGCCAGCUCAUCGAGCUCG